GAAUAAUUUACUAUUGCAAUUUUGGUUUGUUAUUUUUUGCAGUGAUCGCCGUUCUCUGAUCGAUCGUGCAUUCAGAAGCUGAUUCGGUCUAAAAGAGGGUGAUAAUGGCAACGAAAAGAAAGAGAGUUGCUUUUGCUAUUCCAGAAGAAGAAGAAUCAGCUGAGCCCGAAGAUCGUUCAGGGAAACGAUUGAAAACUUUCAAGGACAAGCAUUCAUUGGACAGUGACGAGGAAGACAAAGCGGACGAUACCGGUGAGCUAGGUGACGAGGACCUGGCAUAUCACGAACAGUCUACCAUACAAUGGGAUGAAGAUCAGAAGAUCACGCCUUUUAACUUAGAUGAGGAGAUGGAGGAAGGUCGAUUCGACGCCCAUGGUAACUACUAUACUAAAGAUGACGCAGAUGUAGCAGAUAGUUGGUUGGAAUCUGUAAACUGGGAGAAGGUACGUGCAGAGGAAGACUCAGAUGACGAGCAACCGAAAGCUGAGGAUAAGGACGGAGAUGACAGCGAUGGCGAGGGAGAAGCAGAGGAGGAGCGAGUCACCUCAGGUGAUGGCGUGUAUGAUAGCUUAAAGAAACUGUGUGAGUUGGUGAAGCCAGGUGAGACGGUGGCCACAGCGUUACGCCGACUAGGCACAACGCCAGCACGUCCGAAGUUCAGAAAAGGCAAGCCUCAAGCACCGUCGUCCAGUGAUGGGCUGUCUAGCGAGGAGAAAGCUGCCAAGCGUGCCACGCUGUCCACCCUUACUGAAAUAGCCGAUGGCCUGGUGCAGCUUGGGCGCAUGUCGGUGUAUGAGGAAACUUAUGAAAAGUUUAUGUUUGAAAUCCGGGAUCAUGAGAACAAAGCCAUGGACAUGGUCGUGUCGGCUCCGGCACCAGGACCAGAGAAAGCCAGCUCUGCGGUAGCUAGUGGCAGUGACUCUGCCUCGGCAGCACCAUCAGCAUCGUCCGGUCUGCCGUCGGAAAUUCUAACCGGCGAAAAUGCACCGUCUGGCUGCAAGGAAGUUUGCUGGCAUGUCAAGUCUGCAUCGAGCGGUGACAGUGACAGCACUUACGGCCCGUUCAGUAGUACGCAAAUGAAUGACUGGGCAGAGAACGGCACAUUCGGAAGUCAAGGUGUUCUUGUGCGCAAGGCUAAGGACACGACUGGAGAGUUCUACUCAUCGAAACGCAUCGACUUUGACCUGUACACAGAUUGAUCCUGUGUGAGCUGGAGCAGUACUGCUACUGCAGCCUUGAACUUCACCGUGUUGGGCUGGUACAGUAAGUUCUAGUGAUGCUGAAGUGGAUGUGGCUGUUGCUUGCACACAGUCAUUAUGCCUGGCCUGCUAGCCGUACAUAAUGUACGCACUGCACCGGUCAAUACGCACGCGCAAGUACUGCUAGUAGAGUGGAAUGCGGUUACCAUGGCGCUGCAGUUUUGUUGCCAUGGCAGCACAGCUUAUGUUGCCAUGGCAUCGCCAUCGUACUAGCACACACAGUAUAAUGGUUGCACUGGUUACUUACUAUGUACGGGUAUCGGGUACCGGUGCUUGAGGGAAUGUACUGGGUAGUACAGUAUCUUGUCGGCACACUCAUCACGUGACGUUGUAGCUGCGACGGAGAAACUAGAAGUUUGGAGCUUGCCAUUGCCAAGCUCUGGCUUGUAAUCAAUCAAAAUGAUGUAUGCACUGCCUAAAUGGCUGCUACUUGUGUUUUCUUUUAAAACACGAUCAAUGCUGACCGUUCCUUUUACAGUUAGUCCUCCGCCGCCAUCGCAACUGUGGCAGUCAUUUUAGUUGAGAUAUAUGUGUGUGUGUGCGUGCGUGUGUGUUUGUUUCUCUUUUUUUAUCACAUCGACAGCUUAUGAUUGGAAUUUCGUUACGCUUUGAAAACUUAGAUCUCAACAUAUACCAUUAUGGCAGUUUCUGGGUCAUUCUUUUUGCCCUUAUUAGGUCAACAGAUCAAAAUUUCAAGAUUUCACGUGGUCACAAUUCACGCAUGCGCGCAUGUCAUGAAACACAUUUUUUAGAUUUAAAAAAAUAUAUAAUAAUUAAUACUUUCCAGGACCGGUCGACCCUGUA